AUCAUGUUGAUGUAUUAUGUAUACAAGAACUAGUUUUGAAUAAAAAACAAUAAGAUCACAUAAACAGAUUUCAUAUAAAAACAAACUUGAAAGAAAUUUCAACCGGAAGGCACACGAACAAAGAUAUGGUCAUAAGGUACAAAUGGUGCAAUAUCACUUGGAUAAUUCAUGAGAUAUGUUUCUCAUUGUUGGACGAGACUUUGGGUCCAUGCGAAUGCAUGCUAGUGCAACAUCGUAAACACAGAGAAUUUGCAUUUCAAUCCGUCUAUCAUCAGUUGGAUAAGGGAGUCGCUUGUCAAAUAUGCUUUCCAACGUUGCACCUUUCCCGUUAGAAUAGUUGAUGGAUGACAGAAGGUCUCCGGGAUGCUUCCCUCCAAUUGUUUCAAGUGCAAGAACUCCAAAGCUAUACACAUCACAUUUUUCGUUCACAAUGAUGUUGUAUGCAAGUUCUACAUGUUUAUACCAAAGGAUUGUUUAGUGUAAUUUCAUCUACUAAAAAAGCUAAAGGAAUCAUUAGAAUCUACACAUACAUACCUGGAGCAAUGUAUCCCAAAGUUCCUACGACAACGGUUUGGUUGGAGGAAUCAGGGUCGAGCAAUCUAGCUGCUCCAAAGUCAGCCACAAAUCCUUCCAUUUCUUUGUUCAAGAGAAUGUUGUUGCUUGAUAUGUCUCGAUGAAUGAUGGGUGGGCUGCAGUCAUGAUGCAUGUACGACAAAGCAUGCGCCACCUGUUUGAUAAUGUUUACCCUUGUCUUCCAAUCCAAUAUGACAGCGAAUUCAGUGUUACUUAAUGCGCAAAAUAGGCUUCCUUUUUCCAUGUAUUCAUAUACAAGGAAGUUGCAAUUGUUAUGCAAACAAAAACCAUAGAGUUUCACAAUGUUUUUGUGCCUUAGGUUGGUUAGGACUUGGAUCUCGUUCUUGAAACUCUUGUCAAAUGCUGGUUGCUUGGCUUCAAACCGAUGGAGUUUCUUCAAAGCAAAUGUUUUACCGUUUGGCAGUUUUGCUUCAUAAACACUUCCAUAACCACCGGUUCCAAUGCAAUAUUUGAGGUCGAAGUCUUCUGUUGCCUUGAUGAAGUCUUCGAAUGCAAGUGUCCCAUCAUAAUUCAAUACCGAGCAAACAUCUCCAUGUUUUUGUAUUUCUGGUUGACUUUUCUGUGUGGUAGCCUUUUUAUGACGGUAAAGCACAUAACCAAUCACGAAGAAACAAAAUCCAACAAUCAUCGGAAGAAGAAUCUCCAAAAGGAGGAUGGAUUUGUGUUCUUUGGAGGUGUUGCAUAUAAAGCCAAUUUCCGUACAAUAUCCCCAACAAUGCUCAGAACCUUUUAGGCUAUAGUAUUCCAACCCUAAGAAAUUCGUACAAUUAACUGCUUCUCCAACAAACAUAUUAUCACUAAGGACCAGAUACUUUAAAUGGUAGCAGUUAUUUAAUCCGUUGUAACCUGUCAGGAAAUUAUCAGAGAGGUCUAGAUACUGUAAUAUACAAGGAAACUGAAACUGAAAGGAUACAUUCCCAGACAAACGGUUUGAUGAAAAAUCAAGGUGAGAGAGUGUCGACAAGGUUGUAAAAUCAAGAUGAAUCACACCAGAAAGAUGGUUAUGAUUAAGGUCGAGAUGUUUUAAGUUCAGAUAAUCUAUAAGUCGAGGAAUGGGGCCACUGAUGUUAUUCAUACCAAGGUUCAAAAGUAUCAGUUGGCUUAAACAACCCAAAGCUGAGGGAAUUGGACCUUGAAGAAGAUUGUCACCCAGGUUCAAUGUUUCUAGCUUUUGCAGAUUACAAAGUUCCUGUGGAAUUGGUCCUCUUAGUUGAUUUGUGUUCAAGUCUAGGAAUUUGAGAUUGAUCAUGGAACCGAAAGAUGGAGGGAUUGGACUGGUUAACCUGUUUUUGCUAAGAUCCAGAAAUUCUAAAUUUUUGAGACUCCCCAACUGAGAUGGUAGGGUACCACUAAAAUUGUUACGGGAAAAGUUGAUGUGUACUAAUCUGGUGAGAUCGACCUUGGAACGAAAAGAUGUUAGUAUUGGACCGGUCAAUUGAUUUUGGUUAAGAUCCAGAAUCUCUAAAUUCUUGAGACUCCACAAUUGAGAUGGAAGGGUACCAUUUAAACUGUUACUGGAAAGGUUAAGGUAUUCUAAUCGGGUGAGAUUGAACAUGGAAGCAAAAGAUUGAAGGAUUGGACCGGUCAACCAAUUGUAGCUAAGAUCCAAAAACUUCAAAUUCUUGAGACUCCACAACCGAGAUGGGACGUUUCCGCUGAGAUUGUUAUCUGAAAGGUCAAGGUGUUCUAAUCGGGUGAGAUUGGUAAUGUAUACAGGAAAGGUACCUCCUGUGUUAUAAUUCCAUGAGACAGAAAUAUAUGUCAGAUUUUGCAGCAAGCCAAUCUGUUGUAGGAUGUUUCCUGUAAGAUUACUAUCUGAAACAUAAAGCCUCUCAACACUCGGAAAUGAGGAAAUGAUUACCUUUAUCAGGCCACUAUCAUCACAAAAACGGAUGUCUAUCUCAACUACACGUCCAUUGUUGCAAGCAAAAUUAGUCCAAGCAUUAUGAUAUCGUUGAACAUGAUCAGUAGGACACGGGGAUGCUAACAUGAAAGAAAGCAUCAUCAACAUGGUUAACAUGUGCACGGGAAUGCAAAUGUUGGAGGAUUUGCUGCUCAUUGUUUGAUGAUGUGAUGAGACACCAGGAUGCAAACAUGAAAGAAAGCAUCAUCAGAAUGAAACUUCACAGAAACGUUUCUUGGAUAGCUGAUACGUCACGGAAACGUUUCCACAGCGUUUCCAUGGCGUAUCUGUUUCUUGGCCGUUCCAGAUACGGGAACGUCGCCCAAAAUGGAGUUUUCGUGCUUCUUAAUUCAUUCUCGCCAUCAAUAAGAAAUCCUCUUCGAAUCUUCUAA